UGGUAGUUUAUCAACAUUCAUGAAUGUAUGUGUUGACGUCGACAUUGGACAUUGUUGGAAAUUAGAAAAUACGAGCGGUUGCUGAAAUACAAAAUAAAAUUAUAGUUCAUGAAAUAUAAUCAGAUGUGUAAAAUAAUUUUACUGCAACCAUUUAAUGAAAAUGGAUAAAUCUUGUUGUGUUUGCCAGAAAACAGAAUGUUCAUACAAGUGUCCCACGUGUAAAGAGCCGUAUUGCUCCGCAGCCUGCUGUAAAUUACACAAGGCUAGUAAUUGUGAACGAAAAUAUCGGCAGAACGAACUUACUAGCGAUAAGAAAACAGAUUGUAAAAGGUACGAUUUUCCUACAGAAGAUACCGUGCCUAUAGAAAAAUUGGAACAAUUACGUUCUAACAACGAGUUGAAAAGUAUUUUAAAUAAUCCACACGUACGUAAUAUUAUGCGUGCGAUUCUGAUCGAUGAAAAUCCUACAAAAGCGAUCGCUUUAGCCAUGAGCGAACCAAUAUUCGUUGAAAUGGCGGAUGCGUGCUUAAAGGUUGUGGAACUUGCAGAAAAUGACCAACCUAGCUAAGAUAUAGUGUAGUUACGUCCGAUAAAUUAUUAAACAUUUUUUACGACGGGCAUACAAAAGACAAAUCGAUGAAAAAAAUGUACAUUUCCCAAGAAAUAUCGCGUCGCGUACACUAGGAUUCCUAAUCGUGCUCAAGCAUUUUGUUAUUUUAUUCGUAGAUUAUUUUUAUAAUUAGUAUAUAAUAAUUAUUUUUAUAAUUUUCUAUCGCUAAAUAGAAUUAUAUAUAAAAUCGUUUAAAAUCGUACAGAAUCUUUGAAAAUAUUACACGGUUACUUGAAAAGAUAAUUUAGGAAUUGGAGAAACAAGUAAACUCGUUGACAUUGGAAGUUGAAAAUUUGUAAAAUAUUUAUUAAACAUUAUUUUUCGUGGCAGUACUCGAACGUAAAAAGUAAUAGUAAUGUAGUAAUUAUAAUGAUUGAAAAUAAUAAAACUCUCCGAAAAAUACAAAUUACAUCUGUAGAAAAAGAGUAAAUAAGCAAACGUUUUUUUGUACAACAUUCGUAUAUGUACAAAUGAAAAGAUAUGUACUUGAAAAAUUUGUUAACAAAAUUAUUGUGCAGUGUGAAGAAUUUAUUUCUAAAGUUCCGAGUGAUGAGAAUGACGGAAUGUAAUAUAAUUGUCGAGAUCGUUCGGCACUUCUGUCCCCUCCAGUUGCUUUUGAAGGAGGUGGUACCUUUUUCUGACAUGAUAUGCCGCCAUUUUUGGUUGUCUUUCUCUCGUAAAUAUUCCCUUCUUAUUACCGCCAACUCUUAUGAACGCUAUUAUAAAACAACUCUUGUUAAAUAAUGAUUAAUUGUUAAAAGAUCCGAAUGCCUCUAAAAGUAUUGUACUCACUUUGAGCCGUUCGAAAGUCAGCGAAAUUCCAAAUGAAUUCACCAAUGAAGAAGCCUUCGUUUCUUAAUCGGUCGAAGGCUUCAAAAUGUUUCGACAAUACUUCUUUUUGAUAUUCCUCGCUCCACACGUACUCGGGGAGCUGAAACGAGUUCGAAAUGAAUUCAAUUCGUAUAUCAUUUAAACGAUAAAUAAUAUCGCUGUGUAUAAUUUUACCUCGUGCAAUCCGGCCAUAGUAUCGGCACCGUAUUCGGACAUGAGCACCGGUUUAUUAUAUUUCUUAUGCCAUGCUUCAGCUUCUUCGAUAACUUUGUUGACAAUGGUAUCGAUACGGCCUGGGUUAUUGUACCAACCGUUGUAGCGAUUAAAGCUGAUCACAUCGAGA